AAUAUCGAAUUUCGUGAAAACCCUUGGUAAUAUUUUGUUGAAAUUUAUUAGUGUAUUGUUGCAGCAUGGCCAGUGCUGAUGGUACUGGAGUUCUGAUAGAGAUUACAAAGGAAGGUGAAACCAAGGUGCCUGAAGUUUAUGAUGAGAACCUAGUCUUGCCUCCUCUGCAGUUUGACCUCAACACCAGCACAUCAAGCCAAGAGAACCUAAAGACGGAUGUGAGUUCGGAGCCUGAGCCUAAGGAAGAAAUAUUUACAAUUGAAGCACUUUUGUCCUCAGAUAUAAAGACUUUGGAUCAAGAAGAGUUUGAUUUUGACCUGGCUUUGUCCCCAGAUGCAAGUCAAGACGAAGAUGAGGAUGAAGAAGUGUUUUUCGGUCCAGUUGGAUUCACAGAGACAUGUGUUUCGGCUGCAGUCGAAAUAUCAAACUCACCAGAGUAUCGGCCGAUGAGUCCCCUUAACCCGUCACAGGUGGCAGAACUUUGUAAAGAGGCUAACUUUCUUGCUUGUCGUUUAACUGCUUUAUCGGUCUCAGACAAGAAGAAAAAACCUUUCCCGAAAAUUUCCUUGAAAGACAGCAUCAGGAAAAGUGUGAAAAAAAUGCCAAACUUUGGAAAACCUGGCAAAGGAGAAGAACCUGGUUUGCCACGAGUCAAGCUUGAUUUCACAAGUCCUGAAUGCCAAAUAGAACUGAAUGUCAACAGUAUAUCAGUGACAUUGCCAGCUGGAAAAUUACCACUCUCACCAGAGGGGGUAAAAUUAUUUUCUGCGGACCAAUUGAGAAGGGAGAAAAAGGAUGAGAGCUUGUCGAAACCUGGCUCUAAAUUAGCUCCGCCUAAUUCAAGGCGGAGUGGACUGCAGAAGCCAAGUAAAAUAGGGCUCAGUAGAGCUCCGUCACUGCGAGCACCAAAGCGCUACAGCCCACUGAAGAGACAAAGGACUAACAGCCUUGGGUCAGACAUUGAUACCUGCAGCACUGCAUCAGAUGUCAGCUCCGCGUCAUCCAUUAGUACAGGCUUACCUGUUACAACUAACAAGCGGCACCUGCCCAGUCAAAAGUUUCAGCCAAGUAGGAGCACCAGCAAGCCACCUUCCUCAAAUCCACCAAAACCUAAGUCGAACACAGCAGCUAUCAAAUCCUCUCUAGCCAAAUCCUCCUUGCUGAAACCAAGUGUUUUACCAAAUAAAUCAACUACGACUUGUAAAAGCUUGUUAGGCACACAUGCAAAGGCUGCUCCGGGUAGCAUGAAAACUGGACCACUGAAAGCAACAGCUCCAGUCAAAAGACAGCCGUCUAUGAAGGAUAAGAGGACCAGUGGCAUUGGUGCACCCCCUGGCAAGGAGAAUAUAUCAAGCAAGGCCAUGAAACCUCCAGUGGAUCCAGCCCCCCGUAAGGCCAGUGGGGGAAGCACCAGUAGUGUGGGAAGUGUCAGCAGUAUGGGAUCAGUCUCCACACCACAUAGAUCUAUCUCGACUCCACCAAAAUCAGUCCUGACACCGCAUAGAAAAGAUAAACAAAUCCAGCCGAAGUGCCUGCUGCCCAACUCCUGCACACCGGUCAAGGCUGACAAAAGCUUGAGUGUGAGUUCGGACGUGUCCACCCCAGCAUCAUCUAAUCGGCGCAAGUCGUUCCUACCGACUCCCAAAUGUACACCAAGGUCUGCUUCAGUCACCUCAAUGUCGAAACGGAGCCCAAAGUUAGCCUUUACUCCGAGUAAAAUGACCAAGAAAGCAGGUGCUCCGAUAAUGAAGCUUGUAGAUAUUGAUACUCCUAAUCCCCGGGAUCAAAUGCCACAGAGUGCAAAGAAACCUCUGGUGAUGAAUACACCACAAGCAAAGAUGGCCGCCAAGAAGCCAUCCAUGUGGUCUCCGAUAGUACGACGCAAACCAUCAGCUGAGGAGGAGUACAUUACUUGUACCAAACGAACCUCCAAGAGCUGAGAUAGAGACACGUGUAAAGACAUUUCAUGAUAGACUAUUCUUAAUAAUCAUGCUCUUGAAAUGAGCUAUAUUGGAUGUGGACAAUGUACGUGUAAAUCGGCAGAUGGACACUAUAAUGUGUUAAAGGACUCUGCUCCAUGGCCGAGAUACGCAUGGAUCGGUAGAUACAUCAUGUGAACAUUAUGUGGUAAACAGAUGGUUGAAAUAUAUAUGCACCCAGCAAUACAUGUAUAGCGUUAGGAAUCUCUUCCAUUGA